CAAGGUUUAUGUCAGUGAAGAAAGGAUACUCCCACUUUUCCGGUUUUGCUGUUGCAGUCUUCAUGAGUUUGUUGACCAGUAUUGUAUUGGUUGUUAUCUCGUUCUUGAUUCCAACUGAACCGAAUGCUUUGUUCAUUCUAACUGGAUGUCUGGUAUUAAUCACAACACUACUGACUACUCUACUGAUUUUAACCUCAAAGGUCAUUAUCAUAGCAAAAGGAGGUGGUCCACUUUAUAUGAAGUUAUUUUCCCCAAUUGGCGCAGCAUUUGGCUUCUUGGAGACAGUGGCUGGAGAAGGCCAAUUGCCUGGAUUGGGUGCUGCUAAGUCGCUAAACAUGCCAGAAGUUGCUCUUGCUGCUGGGAAGAUUGAACUAAGUGACCGAAAGUCUGUUUUGGAUAAUGCUGACCAUCACCACGACAAGGGCGGUCAUUUAAAUGUCGGUGGUUCGGACUUGAUCAAUGGCUACGAUUUAGAAGAAUGCUCGUGACCUUUAAGUUAGAUUUCAUAACUGCAGCCAUUUUGAAAGAACUCGGGAAAUAUUACAUUGUUCAUUGGAAAUAUGUCCGUAUCCAAUCCCUUCUAGAAUAUAACUUCUUUAGAUCUGAUAUAUACUGUUUAUAUCCUAUAUAACUACUACUUGUAUGAAUAUUUUCGAUACUUCGUAUUUUCCCGUCCAAUUUCGUUUAUUGAAAUCGUAUUGAAAAUGGUAUUCACCUCCCGGGGAUUUCAGCUCAGUUCGAUAUGGCUCGGUAUCAUGAUAUUCUUAUAUGAGAAACGAUAUUUUUCAAUCAAAAUCAAAGAGAUUUUGGAGUAGUAUGAAGAUUGUAAGUUUAUAUAAACAUAGGCAAAUUGUUAUUUCAUCAUCAUGCUCUGACACGGACAGUCAAUGUCAUAAAAAAUUUGAGCAAUGUGCGAAUACCCUGUCAUGGACAUACGUAUUGUUGAUGAAUUUGUGACAACAUAUUGUGUUGAUGUGUUUAUGUUAUGCAAUAAAAUGUUUAUAUUUAAAAAUGUCAUAAAGUUAAGUCAUAUUUCGUAG